AUGCGCUACGCCGUGCUCGUAACAGGCCCCGCGGGGGCAGGCAAGUCAACGUUUUGCAACGGCAUGAUCACACACCUUUCAACAUCAAGACGAACCGGACAUCUUGUCAACCUAGACCCCGCCGCGAACACCGACGCGUUCGAGUACCAGCCUUCAAUAGACAUCCGGGGUCUCAUUUCCCUCGACGACGUGAUGAGUGAGCUGGGUUACGGCCCGAAUGGCGGCCUUGUGUAUUGUUUCGAGUAUCUUAUGGAGAACAUGGACUGGCUCGAUGAAGAACUUGGCGGGUACGAGGACGACUACCUGAUCAUUGACUGUCCAGGUCAGAUUGAGCUCUACACGCACCAUCCCUUCCUCCCGACGCUUGUCCGCCAUUUGCAAAGGUUGGGCAUCCGGACAUGCGCUGUGUACCUCAUUGAAUCACAGUUCAUGGAGGACAAGUACAAAUUCUUCAGUGGUGUGCUUUCCGCCAUGUCUGCUAUGGUCAAUCUUGAAGUACCUUGGCUGAAUAUUAUGUCAAAAAUGGACCUUGUAACCACAAAUAUUGAAGACAAGGGGAGCGGUCGGAAUGGCCUGCGUACGAAAAAAGAUAUUGCAAGGUAUCUAGAAGCCGAUCCCAUGCUCCUCGUAUCGGCCCCAGGAAGUCGCGAGGAGAAGACUGAACGUAACUCGCGCUUCCACGCGCUCAACCAAGCCAUCGUUCAGCUGAUCGAAGAAAAUCCGUUGGUGAAAUUCCUGGCUCUGGACCUCACAAGCCCUGACUCGAUAGAGACGGUUCUGAGCCACAUCGACUAUGUCAUGCAAUAUGGCGAGGACGAAGAGCCGAAGGAGCCUGGAGAUCUCGACGAAGGAGACUUCGCCGACAUGGAGUAG